CGAGGUGUACAUAUGAGCCACUUGACAACUGUCAUAACAACUCAGCAGCGACGACCAUGACUAUGUUCUCACUUUUACUGUAUUUUCAAGUAUGUUUUUUAAUGUCAUUUUCAACUGGGAUGACUGACCGUGAGAGAAUUAAAUUAAGGGAGGAUGUUCGUGGUAUGUUUUAUCAUGCUUAUGAGGGGUACAUGAAGUAUGCUUACCCCUAUGAUGAAUUACGACCACUGUCAUGUGAUGGUCAUGACACUUGGGGCAGCUAUUCUCUAACAUUAAUUGAUGCCCUAGAUACUCUGGGUGUCAUGGGAAACAAAACAGAAUUUCGAAGAGUGGUAGAGCUGAUUAUAGAAAAGGCAAACUUUGAUGUAAACAUCAAUGUUUCUGUAUUUGAAACAAACAUAAGAAUACUUGGUGGGCUUCUGAGUGGCCAUCUCAUGUCUAAAAAAAUGGGCAUUGAAGUGGAAGAUGGCUGGCCCUGUGCAGGACCUCUUCUGAGGAUAUCAAAAGAUGUUGCUGAUAGACUUCUUCCUGCUUUUGAUACUCCAACAGGAAUGCCAUAUGGCACGGUGAACCUAAGAGAUGGCGUUCCAGAGGGAGAGACGCCAAUUACCUGUACAGCUGGUGUAGGCACAUACAUUAUAGAAUUUGGUACUCUCUCUAGACUUACUGGUGAUCCAGUCUAUGAAGAGGUGGCUAUGCGUGCUCUGCAUGGUGUCUGGGAUCACCGUUCUUCAAUAAACCUUGUUGGCAAUCAUAUUGAUGUCUUAACAGGAAGAUGGGCAGCUCAGGAUUCUGGAAUAGGUGCUGGUAUUGACUCUUAUUUUGAAUAUCUUGUAAAAGGAGCCGCUCUUCUGCAAAAACCUGAGCUAAUGAGGAUAUUUAAUCAAGCUAGAACUGCUAUUGAUAAAUACCUCCGCCACGAAGACUGGUACUUAUGGGCUACGAUGACUAAAGGAUAUGUCACAAUGGCAGUUUUCCAAUCACUGGAAGCAUAUUGGCCUGGAGUACUUGCUCUUCUAGGUGAUAUUAAUUCUGCACAGAAGAUAAUUUUCAAUUAUCAUCAGGUGUGGAAGCAAUUUGGGUUCACUCCAGAAUUUUACAGCAUUCCACAGGCUGAAGCUCCAGUGAAUCGUGAAGGCUACCCAUUGCGACCAGAGCUUAUAGAGAGUCUGAUGUAUCUCUUCCAAGCUACCAAUGAUGAUACAUUUUUGGAGAUGGGUGCUGAUAUUCUGACUAGCAUACAGCAUACAGCUAAAACUGAAUGUGGUUAUGCCACAGUAAAGAAUGUGAAUGACCAUACUUUAGAGAACAGGAUGGAAAGUUUUUUCUUGGCAGAAACAACAAAGUACCUGUUUUUGCUCUUUGACUCUGAAAACUGGAUGCAUAACACUGGGGUGACAGGACAAGUUCAUAAAGUUGGCAAUAGAGAGUGUAUCAUUGAAGCUGGUGGAUAUAUUUAUAAUUCGGAGGCUCAUCCUGUGGACCCAGGAGCCUUAGCGUGCUGUUACACAAAGGAUGAUGACUGGUCGCUGCCUGUGUCUGACCAAGUAAGCCUUAUUUUGGAUCCUACAGCACCCUGGGUACAGCACAAAGGAAACAAGAUUAAAAAAGAAAAUCCAGUUCCAAUUGUAGAGGACUGUGAGGAGGGAAAGACUAAGCCUCCGUCACCAGAUCAACAAAGUAAGUUGACAGUCAAUGAGGCUAUAAUUGAAGAUAGCAUUAAUACAUUAAAGGAACAUGGAAAUAUUUUAACAAUCCAUCAGCCUCUUAGCCAUGUUAUUGGAAAUAAAGAUAACACACAAAAUGUGAAGUCUGGAGAUGUUGAAAAGCAAAAUCUAAAAUCUGAAAGAACAGAUACUUCAGAUACUUUCACAAAAGAAAAGGACAUAAAUCCUAACAAUAUCUUGGACUAUGAAGCAAGUACAGUUAACAGCAAUAAAGAUAUUGCUGCAGGAAGUGCUUUUAACAAAUUUGAAUCCGGAGGUAACGAUAGUGAUGAUGAGGAGCCAAAGAUGAAAGUAGUUAAUCAGCACAAUGAGAUAAAACAGGAAGAUUCUUCUCAGGGAGAAAUAAUGGUAGAAAACGAUGCAAGCCCUAAAGUAAUUAAAAAAGAUGGCGGGCCUCGAUUUUCAUCUCUGAGCGAGAGUGCUGAAAGAGGACUUGGUGGCAAUACAUCUGGCAUGGAAGCUGCCAGUAUAACUCCCAGUGUAUCCAGUUCCAAGUACAGUACCAGCUCUCCAAGUACACCUAGCAUUGUUUCCGAGCCCAAGGAAACCAAGGUUACGAAACCUGUGAAGAAAGUUUUUGUAUUGUCAGAACUCAAAGAAAGAUUAAUUACUGACCUCGCAAAUUAUAAGAAUUUCACAUUAUCUGCCAGUUACUUACUACUAUCAUGUGCACACCCACCUUUUUCUCAAUUGUUAAAUUUUAAAGGGCAGAUGAUUAAUCCAUAACAUAUAUGGGUUUAUAGAAACGUGUUUAGAUAUAUUUAAUCAGUGUGUUUUAGUGUGCCUAUGGGUUUGAAGGGUUUUGUGGAUAAAGACAGUAUAUAUGAAACUUGUAAAUGUCAAAUUGUCAUGGAAAUGCAUUUUCUUCCUCACUACUAGCUAAUCAGCAUGGACAUUAUCCUAAAGAUUGGAUUUGCAAUUUUUGGGAAACUAACUGUUGAACAAGGGAUAAAACAGCGCCAAAUCAUUACGACUAUAUAACUGUUCAACAAGUGGACAAGAACGAAGCAUGCACUUAUGGCAACAGUGAUUGUGACCUUUGACCUGUUGGUCUGGAAUAUAUUCAUGAGUUUUCUCUUUGCAAAUUAAACAUGCAUGCAGAAAAAACAAAUGAAAGUGUGAUCAGCAUCAUAAAUCAUUUCGUGCAUUAAAUGUGUGUAUGAUAUAUUUUGCAAAUUCAUUGGAUGCUUGCAGUCUGUCUCAAUUGAUUUUUCCUGCAUCCAUAAGAGUUUUAAAUAAUUGUUAAUUUACUCCUGUAAUUAACUUAUCCAUAUUCGAAAUAUGGAAGGUAUCAGGUAAGCUUUUUGCAUUCUUUUGCUUUCUUUCAUUUUACAGCUUGAAUUUGAUGGCAUUCAUUUUAGAAGUUGUAAAACUUGAUUACCAUGGUUUCUUGUUCAAGUUUUUCUUAUACCAAUAAUAUCUGUGCCUUACUACAAAUUUACAUUUACACUAUCUGUGGUCUUUUGUACUAAACCUUCCCAGUGAUUCUAGAGUGCAAAACAGAUGAGAAAAAUAUGUAUCAUGAUUAUAUUAGUUCAUGUAAAAUAAUCUUUAUAUUAUUAUUAUUAUUAUUAUUAUUAUUAUUUGUUUUCCUAAAAUUUCACUUGAUUAGGAGUUGGGAAUCUUUGUUUGGUUCAGAGAAAAAAAUUCAUUUUUUUAAGUCAGGCAAUCUAGAGAACACUUGACUUUAGUUAUUCAUGGUACUAUAGUACUUUUGUGCGGGAUGCAAAAUGGGUUCCUCCUUUCUCAACCCCUGUUCCUUAGUUUAACAUUUUUUUUGUCUACAUUACAAUCAUACUGUAGUGAAACAUAUUACAGUGGAAAAACCCUGUGCAGUGAUACACUGCAGUCAUACACAUAUAAUGGUAAUAUUCCACAGUCAUACACACACACGUCAUUUAUUACCUAUCAGCACUCGUCUAUUAGUGACUAUGAGGAAGGGAUGUCUAGGUCUUUGUGUCCUGCCUACUAGCCGUGUUGUAUCUAGUGCAUGAUAAAGACACUAUGGUAAUACUCUGUAAUGAUUCACAUUACUGUGUUGCAGUGAUACAUAUAUUGCAAUGACAUACUAAAGUAAUAACAUUGCAGUGAUGCAAUAGUGAUAACUGCAAUGAUACACACAUACAGCUUUACACUAUACAUUCACUACAGCUUUACACUAUAUAUACACUACGGCUUUACAUCACUGGGAUAGAUACACUACAGUGACAUGGCAGUGGUUCACACUGUACAGUGAUGCACUGCAAUGAUUCUUUGGAAUGCAUGGAUGCUUUCCAAGUCCAUAUACACUGCCUAUGCAUGGAACCUGCACCCUGUAAAGCACAAAAGGAAAUGUGAGGUUUGAGUUCAGAGGUUUGCAUUUGCAGAUAAAUUAAUACUAGAAUUAAGGGUGCUUAGAUAUGAGAGCAAGUUGAGGGCACUCAAACUCACUGCCUUGGUGGAGAAUAAGAAAUGGAAGGGAUAUGAUUACAACAUACUGGAUCUUGAGUAGUCAAAAUGAACAAGGGCAACUUAUUUAAACUUAAAUUAGGCAAGACAAGGGGACAUCAGUGCAAGCUGGAUACUCACACACACACUGGAGUCGUAGAGAGAGGUAAUUACUAGUAGUGCAGUUGGAAUGGUUGAGGGUAAUAUUACAAACCACACAUGACGGCUGAUCUUAUUGAGACCUUUAAAUUACAGUCUGAACGCGUUAGAGGCUAUUAAUCCAGACCACUUAUUUAAGAGGUCAAAUGUAAUGCAUACUAGGUGCAACAGCUUUAAGCUCAAGCCACAAUGUAGGACAGAAAACAGGAGAAUCAUUUUUGCCCAUUUUUUCACUUAUAGUACAGUCGAGUUCGAUAACUCACAAUCGGGAAUUUGGGUGAAUCCCCUGGCUUCCUGUCCCUGUCAAAUCCACUAGGGAGAUAGUGGCCCUCAGGUAUAUGGCUAGGAGCCAGGGCAUCAAGAGCUAGAUCUCGCUCCCCCCUCCCCCCCCCUCCCUGUAGUCAUUGAUAAGUUAGCUCUGGGAUACACUAAAGUCAUAAUUUGUGCAGUGAUACACUGUAGUGGCUACUAUGCAGUAAUAUUGCAGUGUGUCACUACAGUGUAUUACUAUAGUGCAUCACUGCAGUGUAUUAAUGUAGUGCAUUAAUACAGUGUAAUAAACUGCUGUGGUGCAUUACAGUAAUAAACUGCAUUGAUACACACUGCAUCACCAGUUACCAAUCUGGUGUACAGUACUUUAUGCACCUCUGCAUUACCUUACUAAUUAAUACCAGUUUUCCCAUGGUGUAAUUUUCCCGACUUGUGUGUUUCUAUUUACAGGUAUUUAUAUAAUUUAGACUUGUAUAUGCUUUCUAGCUAGGGUAAUCCUUGUUCUUUCCAUAAAUUAUUUUUUAAUUCGAGCACUUGUUAAUUAAAAAAGUUAUGUAAUUUAUUAUCAAAUGUAUACAAUAUUUGUUAAAUGUCUUAGAUUAUUUAAGACAUUUUUCAAAGUUCAAUAAUUCUGCACAUUGACCAUUCAUGGAAGGGUGGGUCCAGAGAGAGAGAGAGAAUGAAACAGUGAAGAAAUCCAAUUAUAAGGGUAUACAUUAUAACAAUACGUUUAGAAACAAAAUGUGAAUAAACAUAAAUAUUGUAUUUAUGUUUGCAUGGAACAUUACAGAAUUGGGUUCAUACAUAGUGUGAUGAUGGAUUUGGGGAGUUAUUUUUAUAGUCGAUAAAUGUACGGUGCAAAGUUAUCACAAUCUGAAAUUGGAAUAUGAAAUAUUUGUUUUAUCAUCUUUAACAAGAAAUUAUAUUUAAUGCUCUUAAAUUACAUUGGUUUAAAAUAACUACUUAAAAUUUUAUUAAAAUAAACAUUGAUGCAUAUUAAAAUAUUAAUUUCAGGUAUGAUAACGAUUGUCAUUCAUGCUCUCUACAUAUAUACAUAUACUGUACAGUUGUUCAAUAUCCUCCCAGCAAGUAUAACAAAUAUUGCUGGAGAAAAAGUGAAAGUAUUCAUUAAAAAAAUGGACACUUUUCAGCAAGAAGUGCCGAAUCAACUGGGCUGUGGUGGAUGUGGGCCUGCUGGCUGUUCAAAGUAACAGCCUGUUGGACCAAGCUCUCACAAGUCAAGCCUGGCCCUGGGCUGGGCUUGACUUGUGAGUAGUUAAGUUUUCAUGUAUUAUGUGAUUAAGAGCGGCGUAUUUCAUGUAUCGGGUGCCUGACAGCUGGGUGGACAGCACUUCGGAUUCAUAGUCCUGAGGUUCCGGGUUCGAUCCCCGGUAGAGGCGGAGACAAAUGGGCAAAAUGUUUCUUUCACCCUGAUGCCCCUGUAACCUAG